AUGCUAUCAGCGCUUUCCUCCAGCGUCACCAAUGUCCGCCAGACGGUCGCGCAAGUUUUGAACUUUGCGCUUGUUCUCUCCACGGCUUUCAUGCUAUGGAAAGGUCUUUCCGUCUUUUCGGCAUCCAGCUCCCCGAUUGUUGUGGUGUUGUCUGGAUCGAUGGAGCCAGCCUUCCAGCGCGGAGAUCUGUUGUUUCUGUGGAACCGCAGCCCCCGAGCAGAAGUGGGCGAGGUCGUUGUGUACAAUGUGCGCGGCAAGGACAUUCCCAUUGUGCACCGCGUCGUGCGGACCUUCCCCGAGGUGGAAGGCAGCGCGAAGAAAGUGAAGGAGAUCACUGUCGAUUCGGCACCAACCUCCCACAUGCUCUUGACCAAGGGCGAUAACAACCUUGCCGACGACACCGAACUUUAUGCGCGGGGCCAGGACUAUCUAAACCGCAAAGAAGACAUCGUGGGUAGUGUGCGUGGGUAUAUCCCUAUGGUGGGCUAUGUUACAAUCUUAUUGAGCGAGCACCCUUGGCUGAAGUCGGUGAUGCUGGGGCUGAUGGGAUUAAUGGUUAUGCUUCAGCGGGAAUGA